AUGCCAGAUGCUAUUGUAAUCAAUAUCCCUCGUUCCACAUUUCCAUUGAAAUCAUUUUUUGAGGCAAAAUUUUCAUUCAAUAAACGAAGUGGUACACAAAAACUGCAAUGGCCAACUCCUCCACCAAAUUGUUUAUGGAAUGUACCUGCACCGGAUUUCAGUUUAUACAAAUGGGAACCACUUCCCCCUGAGAGAAAUACUCGUGAAUCUAUGAAACCUAUGCGAACUAAAAUUGUGAAACAGGAAAAAGUCAAUGAUGAUAAAAAGAUAUCAGAAUCAACUGAUGUACAUAACAAAGAGAAAAGUCCUAGAUUAAAAUUUGUCAGAUCUAUGAGACCUUAUACAGCCAAGAUUUUAUUUGUUAGGCGUGGAUCGUUUAAGCCAGGUCCGUACAUAAUGCCCAAACCAUAUGAUCAUCGAGGAUUGACACCUACAAACGAAAGUAAACAUCCGAAGUUUAUUACAGCAUAUGAAAGAGAUCCAAUGAAUUUGAAUUUCCUCAAAAGAACAAGACAACAGAUAUGGGGAACUAACUGUGAUAACACAGUCUUAAGAAAAUUGCCGAACUCUUUUGUGAAACCAUUAAAACAAGGUGAAAAAUGGGUAAAAGAUUUGUACCUACCAAAAGAUCCAUAUCCAAAUAGAGAAAAGUGUUUUACAAGACAUCGUCUUCAGUUUCGCGAUCCUCAUGAAGUUUUCUUAGAUAGAGUCACUACUCAAUUACAAAUACUGUGGAAGAACCGAAAUCAAACAGUCCCUGUUGCCAGAAGAAAUACGUUUGCAUGA